AUGCAAUUGUUUCCAACAAUUGACUCAUCUUUUCUUGAUUGUUAUCAUUUAUGGAAACUUAUUUUUCUUGUUCUUCGAACAACACGAUUAAUUCAGUGUCAAAUGCAUGAAAAUGUUAAUACAUCAUCAUUAUCAUCAUCAUCAUCAUUUUUUGCGGUUAAUGUAUUUCCAUCAUUAGUAUUACGUUCACAAGAUAAUUUACCUUUAACAGAACAAGCUAUAUAUGAUUUUCGUAAUGAUAUGAGAAAAGCAAGUGAAUUAAAUGAUUUUGAUGAUGAAGAUUAUGUCGAAGAUGAAGAUAUUGAUAUUGAAAGUGAUAAUCAACAACAUUUUCAAUCAUCAUCAUCAUCAUCGUCGUCAAAAUUCCAUUCUAGUAUAAUUAAUUCAAUCACAUCAAUUACUACUGUUAUGACAACAGCAACAACAACCACCACCACCACCACAACAAUAACAACACCAACAACACUUUCAGAGAUAAGUACUCAAGAAACAAAAAUUAUUAAAAGUAAAACAUCAAAUGAUCAAUAUACGAUCAUAUCAUCAUCAACUCGUCUUGUACCUAUGUUUAUUUGUUUAUUAUUUUCAUUUAGUUUAUUGUAUAGGUAUAUUCAUAUGAAUAAUUUUUUAUUUUAA